AUGCCCUCCUCCUCAUCCUCAUCCUCCUCCCCAGUCCUCCACCUAACCAGCUCCAUCCAGAUCCACGCCCCCCUCGACGCCGUCUGGUCCGCCCUCACAGACACCACCACCUGGGCCAAAUGGAACCGUUUCGUGCCUGGCGUGACGAUCCGCGCGCAGCCCCCUUCUCCCCUUGAUGAUCACACUACACCCGCAACCACAACCACACCCGCACCAGAAACAGAAACAACUCCUCCCACCACCACUCAACCCUCCCAAACACAAACACCACCACCACCAGCAGCAGCUGGUGGUGGUGGUGGUGCACUCCAAAAAGGCACCCGCAUGACCUUCCACGUGAACAUGCACCCAUCCGCCGCGUCCACGGCGCCGCAGUCUUUCCGCAGUGUGGAUAACCAUGUUGGUCUUGUGGUUACGGAGUUCCUUCCGCCUUCGCCUGCUUCACACCCAGAUAGCCAUGGGGAUGGGGAUGGGGAUGGUAGUCCCCGGCCUACUUCUACAGCUACAGCUACUUCUACAGCUACACCUACGGCAACCCGCAGAGCAAGAAUCACCUGGGCGAACGAUACCGCCUUCCAGGGCCGGGUGAUGGCCGCGCUUCUGUCGGCGGAGAGGGUGCAUGAGCUUGUGGAGCGGGAGGUUGUGGAUGCCUCCUCUGGAAGUGUGAGGGUGGUGACGGAGGUGACGAAUUGGGAGGUGCAGGAGGGGUAUCUGGCGUAUGUGGUCAAGUGGAUGUUUGAGCGCCGGUUGGAGGAGAAUUUCCGGUGCUGGGUGGAGGAUCUGAAGGGUUUCGUGGAGCAGCAGCUGUAG